AGCAACCCGAGAAAUUCAAAUCUGAACAAUCAUAUGAAGUUUUUUUAAUAUGUUAAUGUCAAGGGUUAUUAAAUUAUUUUCACACAUUACUUUUUGCAAAAUUGUAAAUUUACCGUACCUGAACAGAAAAUUAUCUUAAGUAUUGCAUAUUAAUGGUAGAUGUACUAAAUAGGUGAUACGAGAAAUAUCAUAUUCAUUGACGGGUUUAGUGUUUAGUUUACGAAUAACGUUAGUUACGUGGCACUACAAUGCAAAUGAACGAAGUAAACAUAAAAUAAUUUAAAUAUUCCACGCUCUGAGAAUUUAAUUAUUGCAUUUUUUGACGUAUUCUGUAGAUAGAGAAAUUAAAAAUAUGGUUGUGACUAGUAGAGUGUCGUUUGCGCUCUCUGGCAUUAUAACAGUGCUUCUAUUUUCUGGAAUGCAGAUGUACAAAAGUUGGCUGGCCUCGACACAAUUGCACACUAUUUUUGGCGGAUAUAUUGGAUCGCUUGUUUUCAUUUUUUCACUUACUGCCCUUGGCAAUCUAGAAACCAUCAUGUUUGGUCAAUCUUUCCAAAUGAAGCUCUUCCCUGAAGUUUUCAUUUCGCUGAUCACAUCCUUAAUCGCCUCGGGAUUAGUUCAUCGAGUAUCAACAACAACAUGCUUCCUGUUCUCCAUGGUCGCCCUUUACUACCUCAAUCGCAUUUCCCAAGAAACGUAUUCUACAAGCGCCCCUGUUGCUCCCGUUCAUACCAAGAAGAGGAAGUGAAAUUAGGAAAGUAAUCCUUAAUUUCUCGCGAUUAACAAUUUUCAUUGUCAAUACUGUACUUUUUAUACUAUUUAUAUAUAAACGCAUAACUUUGAAACUCAAAUAUCGUAAAAUAUUGGAGAAACAUUAAAAAAGAAUGUUAAAAAUGAAGAUAGUGAAAAUAACGUAUAUAUCAAUGGUAUUAUAUUUGCUCCAUUAAAAUAUAAUUUUUUGUAACAGUACGAACGGAUAAUAAAGAAAACAUUUAU